CGCACCACUCCACUCGUCCCGGAUUCCCCCUUCCACACAACCUCGCACAUGGCUGCAUCGUCUACGCCUGAGAGUGACGUCAAGUUCGCUGGCCGGUUCGAGCUGUCGCUGCCGCUGGCGCCCCACGAGCGGCCGGUGCAGGACUUUGGAUGCACGCUGCAGCGGUCGGAUUGGAAGAUGCCACACGCUGGAACAUUGUACAUCACUCGGAUGGGCUUGUUCUUCUAUGUGGCCAACAGGCUGGUAGGUGGGACGGCCCACGUGUCGUUUGCCGAUGUGACGGCUGUCGAGGCCACCAGCAACUUGCUCAUGCUCCCGGCCAUCCGCGUCGAGACCUACACCGGCACGCUGUUCUUCAGCAACUUUAUCCAUCGCGCCAACUGUCUCGCUAUCAUCCAGCACAUGGUGGCCGCCACGCUGACGCCGCUCACCUUUUUGCACCGCAAGCUCGUCCGAGGCAGCGACGUGGCGUCGGGCAUGAUGACCGGCGGGGCCGCGCUCCGUGGCCGUCUGCUUGGCCGUGGGCAGGACGAGGAUGUGCUGUUCAAGCAGCUCAAGACCUCGCGCGCCCUGCAGCUCGCGUACGAGACACUCGACAUCGGAACAUCAACGCUGACCGAGCUGGACCACCAGGGCGAGCUCAUCGCCCGCCAGCGUGUCGCCAUGGCCCACAUCCACGCCAACAUGGACGAAGCUGACCGCCUCCUCCGCGGAAUGAGCUUGACCGGCGCCGCAGCCAACGCAUUCACUUCGCGACCGACGUCGGUCGAGGACGCCGACGCUGCAGCGUCGGCCAGCAUCAAUACUCGCGGCUGAUGCAGGUACCUGUUGUCGACUGCACGACCUCGUCGUACACUGCCUCCCGCUUGGUCUUUACCGAUACCGCGCUCUGCAUCCUUGGCGGCGACGUGGAAGGCGAUGCCGACGCGAGCCGCACCCUCGUCCGCGUUGCGCCUUACACCGGCAUUUCGUCGUUGACCCUCCUACCACGGGCUUACCACCUUUGCAUCGAGCUCACAUCCGCCGCCGUCGCCUCCAACGCCGAUGCACCCAAGGGCUCGGCCAUCCGUAGCGAAAGCAUGGUUGUUGUCACCGCGUACCUAGAGGACAUUCUCCUAGAGCUGGGCGAGCGGCGUGUAGCCGACAUCCCGCUCAUUGUCGAUGACGGCGCCGCGCCGCUCUCCCACAAGUCCUCGUUCUACGCCAGCUCACCAGCAUUUGGUGGCAAGGUGACUCCGGCGGCGAUGGCGAAGCGCGUCGACGCGCUCCGCAACCCUGAGUUUGUUCCCUUGUCCGCCCAAGCCUUUAUGCCGUCGGCAGACACCGAUGCCGCUGCCCGCGAGCGCCUCCGCCAGCAGCAAGCCCUCAUCGAGGCCGAGGACCAGCAGCUCGACGAAAUGUCGCGUGUGCUGGAAAAGCUCAAGGCAGUGGCCACCACCAUGGGCACCACCCUCGAUCGCCAGAACGCCGACCUCGAUCAGCUGGAGAAGGACGUCGACAGCGGCUCGAGCCGCAUUCACUCUGCCAACCGCAAGAUCAUCAAGAAACUGCACUGAUUGUCCGACGCGAUGAGGGACUUUACACGCCCGGCUCGCAUCUCCCGCUACAACUUGCUCCAAAGCUUACUCGCCCUCGCCCUCGCCCUCGCCUUUGGCCUUGGGCUUAAACUUGAGCGAGACCGAGUUUGCACAAUGCCGCUCGUUGGUUGGCGUCUUAAAGCCCUCGCCGGC